AUGUCGGACGAUGGAACACCCUCUCCGGCGCAAUCCCAAUUGCUCUCCACAUCAGCACCAUCCCAGUCGCGAUCUUUCAACAAACAGCUCCAGCAAACCUACAAGCAAGCUUCGCAGCUUUUCCUUACCCGUAGAUUGCAAGAAUCGCUGUCCGUAAUCGAGCCAUUGGUGACUCCUUCCCCCUCAAACGAGUCACACCAGCAGCAGACAAAUGGCAACGGGGUCGCUGUUGCACCAGUUGCUUCGGCGUCAAGCAACUUGAAAAUCAAAGUGUGGAACCUCUACAUCACCCUUCUAAGUUCCAUUGUGAAUUUGGGCCCUGAAGAAGGAAAGAGACAAAUUGGCCAGAAGGAAUGGAAAACAUUGGCUUCCAAAGUUCGUGAUGGCGAGAUCUGGGAUACAGUUGUUCAGGUUGGGUAUAAUGGCAGAGAAGGCUCUGUGGAUGCAGAUGUUGUCUAUAACUUAGCCACCCUCUUACUCACCCAUUCUCCGACCCAAACUCUCAACCAAGAGCGUCUCGAAAACUACUUAGCUUCAUACGGUGUUCCGGACUUGGAUAUUGCGGCUCAUAUUCAGAAUCACUCCCCCACGAGGCGGAAGCAAAGAAUAGCAUCCUCUAGGGGUGCAGAUACUCCAAAGGACUUGACGAUCCGCGUGAGAUUACUAGAGUUAUUCACUCUUCAUGUUCUUCCCCGGAACGGUGAAUGGGAAUAUGCCAGAGAAUUCCUUAAUCUAAGUGAAGUUCUCGAUGAUGAGAGAAAAGAGACAUUUCUCCAAACGCUAGAUGGCUUACAAGAAGCCAAGGAACGUGAUGCAGAGCGGGCUGCAGAGCUCCAAAAGGAAAAGGAAGAAGAAUUGGAGCGGUUACGCAAGCAGCAAGAAGAAGAGGAGGAAGCAAGAAAGAUAUUGGAAGAGCAGCAACAGCGAGCAGCUGAAGCCGCCGCCGCUGCAAAGUCUGCCCAUGAGAGCUCAACAAACGGCCAUAGGAGAGUAAGCAGCGAAGUCGAUUACGGCAUCGAGCGGUCCAAUCCAAAUGGCAGUCUUAAAACUACCCGCGGCACGAAAUCAUCCAUCAAAUCAUCUUCGCGCUCGCCGGAGCCGUCGAAACAAGUCAAGAAAUCCAAGAAGCCGAAACCGGGUGCCCUAAGACAAGUCCGGCACUUGGGCAAUUUACUCAUUGCAUUCCUAAAGCGUAUGGCCAAAUCAAUGUCAUCUAGCCCGAUGUUCUUUCUUCGAGCGAUUCUGCUAAUUAUGGGGGUGAUAAUGGCUUUGGGGCGCCCUGAUAUACGUGAACGGAUCCGCCGCCUGACUGGCGUGGGGUGGCAGAAAGUUCGGGGGACUGUAGGCAUGGGCGUUAAGGUUAGUUACAUAUAA